CAGCCCCAGCCCGGGCCAUGUGGGAGCCUCAGGGUGCUGAGGCGUUCGCGGCGGCCCUCGGAGGCGCCCUCUUCCUGCUGCUCUUCGCGCUGGGGGUCCGCCAGCUGCUGAAGCAGAGACGGCCGUCGGGCUUCCCCCCGGGACCGUCGGGGCUGCCAUUUAUCGGCAACAUCUACUCGCUGGGCGCCUCGGCCGAGCUCCCCCACGUCUACAUGAAAAAGCAGAGCCAGGUGUACGGCGAGGUACAGCCGACGGGCCUCGGGCAGGGAAGGCCCGGGCCUUCCUCCCGGGGUGAGGGGAUGUCCCACGCUUGUGGGUGCGAGCUGUCUGACCCCUCUACGUGUGUCGGCAGCGUGGAGGGAAGCCGGCUUCCCAGGCCCGGGAGCGAGAUCUUCAGUUUGGAUCUUGGAGGUAUAUCAGCUGUGGUUCUAAAUGGCUAUGAUGUAGUAAAGGAAUGCCUUGUUCAUCAAAGUGAAAUUUUUGCAGACAGACCAUGCCUUCCUUUAUUCAUGAAGAUGACAAAAAUGGGAGGCUUACUCAAUUCCAGAUAUGGCCGAGGAUGGGUUGAUCACAGAAAAUUAGCUGUAAACAGCUUUCGCUGUUUUGGAUAUGGCCAAAAGUCUUUUGAAUCUAAAAUCUUAGAAGAAACCAAAUUUUUCAUUGAUGCUAUUGAAACAUACAAUGGUAGCCCUUUUGACUUUAAACAAUUAAUAACAAAUGCCGUUUCAAACAUAACCAAUCUGAUCAUUUUUGGAGAACGAUUCACUUACGAAGACACUGAUUUUCAGCACAUGAUUGAGUUAUUUAGUGAAAAUGUGGAACUAGCCACCAACGCCGCAGUCUUCCUCUACAAUGCCUUUCCAUGGAUUGGCAUCUUACCUUUUGGAAAACAUCAACAACUGUUUAGAAAUGCAGCUGUGGUCUAUGACUUUCUCUCCAGGCUUAUUGAAAAAGCUUCCAUCAACAGAAAACCUCAGUUACCUCAGCAUUUUGUUGAUGCUUAUUUAGAUGAGAUGGAUCAAGGUAAAAAUGACCCAUCAUCUACUUUCUCCAAAGAAAACCUGAUUUUCUCUGUGGGUGAACUCAUCAUUGCUGGAACUGAAACUACAACCAAUGUGCUACGGUGGGCAAUUCUUUUCAUGGCCCUUUAUCCUAACAUUCAAGGACAAGUUCAGAAAGAGAUUGAUUUAAUUAUAGGACCCAGUGGGACACCUUCUUGGGAUGACAAAUGCAAAAUGCCUUAUACCGAGGCAGUUUUACAUGAAGUUUUAAGAUUCUGUAAUAUAGUGCCGUUAGGGAUUUUCCAUGCAACCUCUGAGGAUGCAGUUGUACGUGGUUAUUCCAUUCCUAAAGGCACAACAGUAAUUACAAAUCUUUAUUCUGUACACUUUGAUGAAAAGUAUUGGAGAGACCCAGAAAUAUUCUAUCCAGACCGAUUUCUGGACAGCAAUGGAUAUUUUGCCAAGAAGGAAGCUUUUGUUCCCUUUUCCCUAGGGAGAAGACAUUGUCUUGGAGAACAGCUGGCUCGGAUGGAAAUGUUCCUGUUUUUUACAACAUUGCUUCAGCGAUUUCACUUGCAUUUUCCAAAUGAACUGGUUCCAAAUCUGAAGCCCAGGUUAGGCAUGACGUUGCAACCCCAGCCCUACCUCAUCUGUGCAGAAAGACGCUGAACGUGCCUGAAUGUUUCGUGGAACAAGGUGUUUGCCUCACCCCUGACCCUUGUUUAGACACUGUGUGUGUUUGUAUAAGAAUCACAGCAUCAUAAAAACCAAAUGAACACAGAUGUGUCUUUAAAAACUGUAAUAAUAGCAUUAGCUAUUAUUUUUUCCAACCUUUUAUGACUUAUAAGGUAGAAUUAUCUGAGGAAAACAGAGGUACAAAUGACAGUUGUUGCUUAAGAUACUAAGAAGGGCCAUCGAUGCCCUGACUUUUCAGCCUGUUGUUGAGCACCAGGUACCCCUCAUCCCUUCUUGACUCCAAUUUGCUCCUGUCUGGGCUCUUUGCUUCCAAAUGUCAGUGCCAGCUCAUUUCUGAUCAGCUAUUGCCGUUAAUAGAUUGUCUGGUACUAGUCCAGUUUAAUAGUGGACUAAAGAAGAAAUUAGAACCCAAAUAAAUGAGUUUGGACUACAGAGGUAUUUUAGACAUGGUGGCAAAUGAUAGAAUAGAUAGCUAUACAGUAUAUUUAAUGUAAAACCUGCCAGUGCUUUCAAAUCUUGCUUCCUACUAUAGCUUCAUAAGAGUUGCAGUGUCAUUCUUCCUACAAAUGAGGGUCCCUGUGACCCUCAUAGCAGCAGUUAAGUAGAUAGGAAAUUACAAUAAGGUAUUUAAAAAUGACACAUAACUUUCUUUUUCUUUUUCUUUUUUUUGGGGGGCCACCGUGCAGCUUGUAGAAACUUAGUUCUCUGACCAGGGAUUGAACCCAGGCCCUCUGCAGUGAAAGCACCGAGUCCUAACCACUGAACCACCAGGGAAUUCCUGACACAUGCCUAUUCUUUGUAGGCACAGACUUUUUCCCUAGUACCAUUUUUUUUCCAAAACUAGUCACAGGGCUUAAAGAUUGAAUCCUUUUACCUUUUAGAGGUCUCUAGGCAUUUCCUUGGAUUACUGUUACUUUUCUAAAAAGAAUACUAUUCAAAUCCAAAAAACAUGCUUUAGAGGCAAGGUAACUGCAUAAAUUGGGACACUUGAGAAUGAUGGGCUUCUAUUAAUAAUUAUACCAUAAAAUAAGUGUAAACUGUUACUGUCCUGAUCAAACUGGUAUGUAUAGUCACCCAUUUAUACCUUAUACCUUUUUUUAAGCAAUAUUUCUUCUACAGUUGUACAUUAAGGGUUCAUGCUCUUGUAACUUAGCUCAUGAAUAGUCACAGCCUCAGAGUAAAUGCACAUAACAAUGAUUUCCGUUAGGAAUAUGAAUUUAACCUUAGUUUGACUUUAUCUGUUGAAUAUUUUCAGGUGUAUGUGUGAUAAAUCAGGAGUCUUUGCAUCUCUGAUAUAUUAAGAUGUUUCUAGUUGCAAGGGGGAAAAGGUCCUGUGCAAAUUUACAAAAUAAUAAAGGAGAAAUUCAGAGGUAGCAAGGCAGUUUUAGGGUAGGUAUGACCUAGAUGCUUCAUGCUGUAAUCAAGAUCCUGUUUCUUCACAUCCCUCAAGUAUGCUUUCCAAAUGAUAUCAGCUUUAUCUUAAGGCUGGCUCAUGGAAGUACAUGUGUUUUGCCCACGUCCUUUCAAGACAGUGAACUUGGAUUGUUUUGGGGAGAGCAAGGGAGCUUUUCAGAUGUUCUCCCCAAACUGUUCUUUGUGUCCCAUAGGUCCUAACCAAGUUAUGUGUCCAUCCAUUAAAAAACUAUGUCUUGUGAACAUGGAAGCAGCCCAAGUGCCCAUUAACAGAUGAUUGGAUUAAGAAGAUGUGGUAUAUAUACACAAUGGAAUAUUAGUCAUAAGAAAGAAUGAAAUUCUGCCAUUUGCAGCAACAUGGAUGGACCUAGAGAAUAUUAUGCUUAGUAAAAGAAGUCAGAGAAAGACAAAUACUGUAUGAUAUCACUUAUAUGUGGAAUCUAAAAAAGAAAAAAAAAGAAUGUAUAUGCACAACAGAUGCACAGAUAGAGAACACAAAUUUGUGGUUACCAAAGGGGAGAGGGGAGUGAGGAGAGACAAAUUAGGGGUGUGGGAUUAACAAACUACUGUGUAUAAAAUAAAUAAGUAAAUAAGCAACAAAGACAUACUGUAUAGCACAGGGAAUUAUAGCCAUUAUCAUAUAGUAACUUAAAAUGGAGUUAUAUAAUGCAAAAAUACUGAAUCACUAUGCUAUACACCUAAAACUAAUAUAAUAUUGUAAAUCAACUAUACUUCAAUUAAAAAAAAAAUGUCUUGUCAGUGGGAUUAUCGUUCCCUUAUGCCUGACUAUUAGAGCCAGUGAUGGAGCUGGCUUCGCUCAAAGUACAUGUGUUACAUAGUGUUAGUAUAGUUACCUAAACAAAAAUAAGGAGAGCUAUGAAAAGAAGAGGAACUCUUGACUAGAAGACUAAUUACAGUGUCUAUCUCACUGCCCUCUGACCACUUACUAAGCCAAGCAACUUUCUAACCUACCCCCCUGACUCAUGUUAAUUGUACUCACUCAAGUUGUUCCUUGGUCUUUGCUCUUCCUUUGACACAGGAAAUGUCCUAUCCCUGGGCCUCCUACUUACUGUCAUAUCGCAUAUGUUGAAAUCUACAGACUGAGGGUUCUGUGGGCUUUGGUGGUCUUACUGAGCAAAGCCAUGUAAGUGACCUAGAGUAGUUAUAAUCAAAAUUGAGGAAGCCUUAUUUUGCUCUGGUAUACUACCACUAUUUCUUCUAGGAUGAUUAAGAACUCCAUCAACCUACACAGAAUGGAAAACAUGCUACUUACUUUCUUUACCUUGCAUCUAAGGAAAUGUUAUAUUUUUCCCUAAUCAAGUUAAUGCCAACCUGAUAAGUCAUUUAAGUAUGUAGAUUCAUAACUGGUUAAUGGUAGAAGAGGUUUACUGUCACUUGAUGUGCUCAUUUUAUAGCCAAGGAAGUAGGGGUUCAGACAGGGAAAUGAUUCCUCUAGUUCAUAGUAGAGGCAUGGCCCUCUUUCACCUCAUGUAUGUAUAUUUUUUAUCCAAACUGUGUUUAUUGGGAUGGUUCCCCGUUCAUCUUGAUUCACAGUGCUUUUAGUGCUUCCAUUUGAAGGAGCAUCCUUUUGUAAGCCUUGCUUUUCCUCCUAUGGGCUGGCAGAGACAGUAGAGCAGCCAACACACAAAACUACCGUUUGUACGUGGCUAAAGAUGGUGAUUUUACAACAUCUUGGGCAUUUCACAUUCAUGAAGUAAGAACUGGGGCUCUGCAUCAGGCGCUUCUGCUUGUGUUUCUUCUUUUCUGAAGAGGGAUGAAGGAGCUCCUUUGCGAAUGCAUGUUCUUGUGGGGAGGUCAUCACCACUGGAAAGGCCAUCUCUUAGUCUUUUUACUCACACCCAAUAAUUUAUACUAUGCUUUACAAUUUAUAAGGUUGUUACCAUACUGUCAACUCUUGACAGUUUGGAGCCAAUUAACUGGUAAAAUAAAAUACUGCAUUUUUAGAAAAAUAUAAAUUAACAUGAAUUUAGUAAGUAAUCCAUAAUGGAAAAUAUUUAUUUUUUGGAACUACAUAGUAACAGACUAUAGAUCUACUGCAAUGGGAAUACCUUCUCUCUGAUCAGUCAGUGGUGAGCUGCUAACUUAAAAUGUUGGAAAUUUCACUUCUGAUUCAAGAUGGCAACUGAGCACGCUUAUUUCUUCUCUACAAAUGCCAUUGAAAUAACCAUAAGGAUAGAAAAAGGGAUAAAGACAUUGAGAAUGGGGUUGGAGGGCCCUAUCAGUGAAUCAGAUAAUUUCAAGUUCUAAAAGAUGGAAGGUAAAUGGGAUAAUAUCAAAGGAAGCACAGAUAAGACCAUGCAUAGACAAAGCCUGAGGUAGAGAUGAUAGCUCAUUCUUCACAGGUUGGCUUUGGAGAAAACAAGUAGAUAAGGAGAGGAGUAGGUAAGGAAAGCAAGAGUGGAAAGAAAUCAUGCUGAUGCCACUGUCCCCACCCUACUUUCUCUUCCUGUUUGUGCAGCUAUAGAAUGUGCUCCCAGUGCUGAAGUAAAAGUCUAAAUAAACUGAGUAUUAUGUCUGGAAGGUAGUGGGGCUCCUACAUAGGGAUUGCUGCCCUCGAUUGGCAGCCCCCUAAUUUGGUCUGAUUUUGAACCUAAAGUUCUGUAUCAGUGAGGGCAAGUUUCAAUCAACCAAGUGAUGACUGGGGAAACAUCAGCAAAAGGGCUAGUGUUAAGAAUUGAAUAUCGGGCUUCCCUGGUGGCGCAGUGGUUGAGAGUCUUCCUGCCAAUGCAAGGGA